AUGGGCUUCAUCGAGAAAAUCCAGGCCAAAAUUGAGCUCUUCCGUCUCGAGCAGCGCUACACCCGCAGGCGUCAUCGCCGUUCUACUUUUGUUUCCAACGCAAUCUACGUUGACGGCGAAUACAUCUACCAGUCCCCCAACUCUACCGGAUCCUCAUCCAGCACAGCCAGCAGCGCCAACACCAGCAGGUCCAACACCACCACCAUCAGCGCCCAGCAAGUCCCAGUCGACGACCCCGUCAAGGCUCAGAAGAAGCUCAACCGGUGGAGUAGCAUGCCCGGGUUCGGCUCCAACUCCAAGCCUGACGGCAUGCCACGCAUCGAAAGCAUCGCAGAGGCACACGACUGGAGGACCAAGCAGCAGCAACAGAGAAGCAGCUUUGACCGUUGA